AUGUAUGCUGAUGAAGACCCGUACUAUGUGGAUGAAUACAAUUGGGAUAUAUACUCUAUCGGAGAAGGAUCGAGUGUUUCCAUCCCCAAACCUCAAUCAAGGCAGCAGCAGAGACUAGAUGUUGCAAGGCAGCAGAGGAGAGCAGAUGCUGCACAAGGCAUUAUAAACAUCCACAAUGAUGCGUACAUGGGCAAGGAACCUUGUCGUACAUCCGCAUUGACUGGUGCGGCGUGGGUCGCUGAGUUGAACGUGGGUCACCCUAAACGUAUGUAUCAAUCAUUUCGUAUGAGCAAAAUCAAGUUUUUCACACUUUGUGAGUUACUGGAGAGCAGGUAUGGGUUGGAAGAGGGGGAAAGAAUUUCGGUGCAAGAGCAGGUAGCUAUCUUUUUAUGGAUUGUGGGCCAACGAGCGAAUGAUAAAAAUGCCCAAGAGCGUUUCCAACAUUUAGGGGAGACGAUAUCUAGGCGUUUCCAUAAUGUACUACAUUCCUUUAAUGCCAUGGCUAUCGAGUGGAUUAAACCUUGGUCAUGGCCUUGCGAAGAAGUGCAUUCGAAAAUACUAGGGAACAACAGAUACUACCCACAUUUUGCGGUAAUUUUCUACCUAAAUUUUCCCCAUAUCCACUUUUUGUAAUGUCAUCUGCCUAAUUUCCUUCCUAAUAUUUCGCAUUAAUACAUGAACGUAUAUUGUAGAAUUGCAUUGGAGCAAUUGAUGGAACUCACAUAGAGGCCCAUCCUGAUCUAGAGCAGCUAUUGCGAUAGAUUGGUCGGAAGGGAUAUCCAACACAAAACAUAAUGGUGGCAUGCGAUUUUGAUAUGUGUUUUACUUUUGCAUUAACGGGAUGGGAGGAAAGUGCACACGACACAAGGAUAUUCAAUGAUUGCUUAAGGAACCCAGAUUUC